CGCGCCAGCCUAGGGACUCCCCGCUUCCUAUUGGACUACGAACUUCCAAUCGGAAGGGACUUUGAAGCUCAGUCUUCAGGCGGCGCUGACCACUCGCCGACAGGAUGGGGGCGGGGCCUGAGGUCGUUGCCGGCGCCGCCCUGGGAGUAAGACCCCCACCACCUUCAGAAUGACGCUGGACGUGGGGCCGGAGGAUGAGCUGCCCGACUGGGCAGCGGCCAAGGAGUUUUACCAGAAGUACGACCCUAAGGACAUCAUUGGCAGAGGAGUGAGCUCCGUGGUGCGCCGUUGUGUUCAUCGAGCUACUGGCCAUGAGUUUGCGGUGAAGAUCAUGGAGGUGACAGCUGAGCGACUGAGCCCCGAACAGCUAGAGGAGGUGCGAGAAGCCACGCGGCGAGAGACGCACAUCCUUCGCCAGGUCGCCGGCCACCCCCACAUCAUCACUCUCAUCGAUUCCUACGAGUCUUCUAGCUUCAUGUUCCUGGUGUUUGAUCUGAUGCGGAAGGGAGAGCUGUUUGACUAUCUCACAGAGAAGGUGGCCCUCUCAGAAAAGGAAACCAGGUCCAUCAUGAGGUCUCUGCUGGAAGCAGUGAGCUUUCUCCAUGCCAACAACAUUGUGCACCGAGACCUGAAGCCUGAGAAUAUUCUCCUAGAUGACAAUAUGCAGAUCCGACUUUCAGAUUUUGGGUUCUCCUGCCACUUGGAACCUGGCGAGAAGCUUCGAGAGUUGUGUGGGACCCCAGGGUACCUAGCACCAGAGAUCCUUAAAUGCUCCAUGGAUGAAACCCACCCCGGCUAUGGCAAGGAGGUCGACCUCUGGGCCUGUGGGGUGAUUUUGUUUACACUCCUGGCUGGCUCGCCACCAUUCUGGCACCGACGCCAGAUCCUGAUGUUACGCAUGAUCAUGGAGGGCCAGUACCAGUUUAGUUCACCUGAGUGGGAUGACCGUUCGGACACCGUCAAAGACCUGAUCUCAAAGCUGCUACAGGUAGAUCCUGAGGAGCGCCUGACAGCUGAGCAAGCCCUACAGCAUCCCUUCUUUGAGCGCUGUGAAGGCAGCCAACCCUGGAACCUCACCCCCCGCCAGCGGUUCCGGGUGGCAGUGUGGACAGUGCUGGCUGCUGGACGAGUGGCCCUAAGCACCCAGCGUGUCCGGCCGCUGACCAAGAGUGCACUGUUGAGGGACCCUUACGCGCUGCGGCCAGUGCGGUGCCUCAUCGACAACUGUGCCUUCCGGCUCUAUGGGCACUGGGUGAAGAAGGGUGAGCAACAAAACCGAGCAGCCCUCUUCCAGCACCAGCCCCCUGGGCCUUUUCCCGUCAUGGGCCCUGAAGAAGAGGGGGACUCCGCUGCGAUCACCGAGGACGACACCAUGCUGGCACUGGGCUAGCACCUCAGCCCAGGGGAACCCCAGAAAGCAGGACUCUCCCGGAGGAGGAUUUUUAUCAUUCCAGCCCUUACGGGCUCUGGCCUCAGGCCCCCCUGCCUGGCCAUGCCGCCACUGAUAUAUGACCAUAAAGACCAGCCCUGUACACCUGUCCCCACCAGCCAGGGCUUUGGGAUCAGAGCUAAGGUGGAAGGGCGCUGCUGCUCGCAACACCAUGCCUAGCCUUGUCAAUGCUGCCUGUGCUGCACCUGCAAUAAAAUCUGCUGCACGCCCGAGA